AUAUACAGGGUUUUAACAGCCUAGACCGUCUCUAGUUUAUAUUUCCUUUGACUAAAUCUAGGAGAUUCUUCUGCCAAUGGAAUAUGGCCUGGAGUAUGAAAUCAUAAGUAGACUUCUGUGGAUUUUUUGUGGCAGUGCAUGUCAGGGAAUGAAUAAAUAGAUACCCUCAUGUACUGAUCUUGAAGUCUUUUGGGCUAUGCUUUUUUUUUCUUCAAAAGGUCUCUCUUGGGCUGAAAGACUCCACUGUAUUGUUGACCAGGUGUCUUUCUUGUUGACAAGUGAGGAUUGAUAAUUGUUUGGGUUCCUGGAUACACAGAAUCACAGAGCCAGACAGGAGGAGGAGUUGAGCCCCACCACUUUGGUUAAUACCCACAUGCUCUAAUCUACUGGGUGUCCAGAGUUGAGAAGACUAGAAGUUUGCAGAGAUGGGUUUAUCAACAAAUGGGCAAUCCUCGUGUGUUCCACCAGGGUUCAGGUUUCAUCCCACAGAUGAAGAACUUUUAUACUAUUAUCUGAAGAAAAAGGUGUCCUAUGAGAUCAUUGACCUGGAUGUUAUCAGAGAUGUUGAUCUUAACAAGCUUGAACCUUGGGACCUGCAUGAGAGGUGCAAAAUUGGUUCUGCUCCACAAAACGAGUGGUACUUUUUCAGUCAUAAAGACAAGAAGUACCCAACGGGCACCCGUACAAACAGAGCAACAACUGCAGGGUUUUGGAAGGCAACUGGGCGAGAUAAGGCCAUUUAUAUGAACUUCAAGCGGAUUGGAAUGAGAAAGACCCUAGUCUUCUACACUGGGAGAGCACCUCAUGGCCAGAAAACAGAAUGGAUUAUGCAUGAAUAUCGCCUCGAAGACAAUGAGAAUACCCAAAUAAACGAGGAUGGCUGGGUAGUUUGCAGAGUUUUCAAGAAAAGAAUGCAUUUCAAGGACAAAGCCGAGUUUCAACGUCCAACUGCAGUCGAUAAUGAACAAAACAUUCUCUCCUCUCGGCUGGAUUUCCCUUCUGAAGAUCAUAACCAUGAUCAGCAGCUUAACACAAUGCCCAAGCAAUCUCAAACCCAAUACAAUUUCCAUCGAGAUCAUCAUGUAUUCAUGCAGAUGCCACAACUACAAAGCUCAGAAGGCUCAACAUACAGUGCUUCUCCAUGGGUUAUCAGACAGUUUGUUCCAGAAAGACUUCUAGACAAUAGCUCUAGACAACCAAUUCAAAUGAGAGAGCUCCAAGCAGUAGAAUCAGAGAUAAAGUUAACAGGUGUUAAUGGAUUCAGAGAAGAACGUUCAAAUGAUUGGACUGUGUUGGAUGGUCUUCUUAAUCAACAAACUGAGCAAGGGAAGCAUGACGUGAGAAUAUAUAAUGGUGCUCCCCAAGCUUUGGAGGGAUCUUCCCACACUUCAAAUACUAAUAAUGAUUACUCAGGCAGUGAAAUUGACUACUGGAACUAUGCAAGGUGAAUUUGAUUAUUUGUAGGCUAUGAAAUCUUUAUUGAGAUCAUUUAUAUGAUUAUGUAUAUAGUAUUGUUCUAUCAAUUAUUCAUUAUCAAUAUUAAGCAACUCUUGCAUCUU